AUGCCCCGCGCCGAGGGCCGGCUCCCCCUUUGCACACGGCGCCCGCAGUGCGCCCUCCGCGCCGUGUCCCUCCGCGCGCCGCUGCCGGCGCUUUCCCCGCCGCUGCCGGCGCUUUCCCCGGUGGUUUUGGGGGGUUCUUCUCCACCCUCCCGGCUCAUCCCGGCGGCGGGGGACGCGGGGAGAGCGGCGGUUGCGUCCCGGCCGAGCUUUGUGUUGUUCUUGGAAAGUUUCGCACCACUUGUGAAUUCCCUGAACCUUGGCCUUGCCAGCCCCUUUGUGUUGGGCCCUCCUCCUUUUCAGCUUGCCCAAAUUAAGACCCACUUGGCUCUCCAGCACUUGCCCUCGGCUGCCAGCGGCGGGCCGGCACCUCCCCAUGCUGGCUUCCGCCAGGCAUUGCUGAAAGACGCAAUGUUUAGCCCCAGAGGAACCUUGCCCCCGAGGCCCAGAGGACCCAACCCGUCGGGCACCAAACCCCCGGGAGCCUUCGGGGCCAGAGGCGCGGCGGGGCCGCCGAGGAAACCCGCGCCCGCGACGCCCCAAGGAGCGCCGCAGAGAUUCUCGGGACAGGAGGCGCUGCAGUGGACGGGUUCCCAGAGGAUCAACGUCCGCGUCACGCUGCACAGGGCCGACCCCAGGAAGGUCAAGGAGAAGACCAACCUGCACCAGGAGCAGAAGGGAGACCCGCGCGCCAACCUCUGGGACAGCGGCCCCUGCCCCGCCGGGAGCGCCGGGCCGAAGCCGCCCGGCCCGGCGCCGGUCUUGGAGCAGAAUUCCAACCCCCAGAACCGCUACACGCCCGAAAGCGCCUCCAGCAUUUUAGCGAGCUUCGGGCUGUCCAACGAAGACCUGGAGGAGCUGAGCCGCUACCCCGACGACCAGCUGACGCCCGAGAACAUGCCACGGAUCCUGCGGGAGAUCCGCAUCCGGAAGAUGGGCCACGCCGUGCCCGGCCUGCACGCUCCGAGCCGGGGGGACGAGCCGGUGGGCGAGAGCAGCGGCGCCGCCGUCAAGGGCAAGGUGAUCGACUACGGCCACGCCAGCAAGUACGGCUACACCGAGGACCCGCUGGAGAUCUGCACCUACAACCCCGACGCGCUGCCCGAGGAGCCGGUGGAAGCGCGCGUCUACAACCCCGACAGCUCGAGCGCGGAGAACCGGGAAGAAUUCCAGCGGGAGCAGAGCGUGCCGGUGGCCGUGCCGCCGCCCAGCGUGCCGUGUAACGCCGUGUUCCCGGCGGAAGAGCUCAUCAAGCUGCCGGCUUUUCCCGCCGACUCCUCGCCCGCUCCGUCGUUUUUCCCGGCCGAGCCUCCGGCCAAGGUGCCGGCGCUGUGCGGUGCCGCCGCGCCCGCCGCGCUGCCGGUGGUGAAGCCGGUGUCGCAGCCGCCCAUGCCGCCGGUGCUGCCGCCCAUGCUGCCGGCGCUGCUGCCCACGCCGCUGCCGCAGCCCAUGCUGCCCCCGGUGAUACCGCCGCUGGUCCAGCCGCCCGUGUCCCAGCACGUGUUGCCGCCCUUGACGUCGCCGCCCUUCUCGGCCGGGCUCUUGGCCGCCAUCAGCCAGCACGAGCAGAAGCAGCGCGAGACCGGCAGCUCCCAGCCCGGGCCCGGCGCCGCCGGCGGGACCACGGCGGGACACAAAAGUUUCCAUUCGCAGGCUGGGGAGCCCAUCAAAUCCCCGUUCGGGGUGGUGAAGGCGUCCUGGCUGCCCGUGUUCCCGGAUUCCCAGAAGAGCAAACGCCUGCCCACCCCGUCCAUGAUGAACGACUACUAUGCCACGUCGCCGCGAAUAUUCCCACAUUUGUGUUCUCUGUGUAACCUUGAAUGCACUCAUAUGAAGGAUUGGAUCCUGCACCAGAACAACCCUGCCCACCUGGAGAGCUGCCGCAAGCUGCGCCAACAAUAUCCCGAGUGGAAUCCCGAGGCUCACUCCUCCAACAGGAAUGCCGGCGACAGGAAGGAGAACCGGACCCCCAAGCACCGCUCCAGCUCCUCCAGCCCCAACCGGAGACAUUCCCGACCCAGCGUCUCCAGAGGCUCCGGAGCUUCCGGCUACGCCCUGCACCGUUACCGCUCCCGAUCCCGCAGUCCCGGCAGAUUCCGGAGGCCCCGGAGCCGCAGCCCCCGCUACAUCCGAAGGCUCAGCCCCAGGCACAGAUCCAGAUCCCCACAACGUUCCCGGAAUCUCCUGAGAUCCAGCCCAACCCAGGCACAGAAUUCCCGCUUUUCUGCCCCUCCCCAGGCACAGAAUUCCCGCUUUUCCCACUGCUCCAUCCCAUGGAAAAACUCAGCCUUUGUGCAUCCUGGCUUCGCUCCUCGUGGAGUCUCUGGAAUCCAUGGAAAACCGGGAAAAUGGGAUCGGCCCCCUCAGGGCAAUUCCCAGCUUUCCUCUGCUCCCCCAUCCCUGCCGGAGCAACCGCAGGAAUGCCAGGCUGGGAAAACUCUGCCAUCCCAUCCCAGGAAUUCCUGGGAAACAGGAGCCUCCGGAGGAACCUCGUGGAUCCCCACAAUUCCCUGCAGAGAAAUCCGGGAAUGGCAUCAGCAGCAACAGCUGCGUUGGGAUAUCGACAACAUUCCUGCGUGGAAAAAAAAAAAAAAACCCCGGAUUCCCCCUUCCCGGCGCGAUCGAACACGUGGGGGAAGGCGAAUUUUCCAAGCUCAGCCAUUCCAUGAAUUCCUGGUGCCGCAUGGAAAAAAAAAACAAAACAAACCAAAACGUGGGCGGGAUCUCUCCGGGCAGGUGGAGGAGGAGCUGCAGGAGCAGGAAUUCCUGGAUCGCUGCUUCCAGGAGAUGCUGGAGGAGGAGGAGGAGCGCGAUUGGUUCAUCCCGGCGCGGGAUCUGCCCCAGGGAAUGGCGCAGCUCCAGCAGCAGCUCCACGGGCUGCCCGCGGCCGACGGACGCGGAUCCCAGGAUAUCCUGAGCAAAAGCACCUUGAACCCGGACGCCAAGGAAUUUGUACCCGGAGUGAAGUACUGACCCUCGGCUCCCAGAGACUGAAUCCCUGCUCCAGGAAAAAUUUGGGACACACUGGGGGGGGAGGGGAGAGGGGCCGGCCUGGAGCGGCUCCGAGUGCCGGGAUCGGCUCCAAGGAAUUUGCUUUUCCCGA